AUGAACACAGCCGUCGUGCCCGUCCUGCGCUCUGUCGCUCGCACGGGCCCGGCUCCCUACCGAUGCUAUCAGCGGCGAUGGGCCCAAGUACACGACAUCCGCUUCCUCUCACAGCAUCAAAAAGCAAGCAAGGUGCAGGAGAAGUACCGGGAGAAGCUGAAUCAGAAAGCGCGGGAAGAGGGUUUGAAGAAUGUGGAGGAAUUGAGAGAGGCGUAUUCGGACAAGAUUCAACAGUUGAGGAAGAAGGCGAUGGUGCCGGGCGUCAAUGCACCUCUGAGCGCACAGCAACCUCCUACCCCUCCGAAUGUGGAUAGCAGCAUCCCUUUUCAGCCUCCGCCCACCCCCGAACCACAGGUCGCCGCAUCACCUCCAAAGACACCGAAGAACAAGGAUGGCAUCAAGACGCUUGCAAGCUUCAUCGAUGUAGAAAAGACGGCCGAGCUGCCCAAGAAAGAAGUGGAGUCGAUCUGGCGCCUUCGCCACAUCAGCGAUCCCCACAGCCUCUGCGCAGUCAUGAACACCGACACCUACCAACGCAUAGCGGACAGCGCACGCAAACACCCGCAGUUCAUCCUCCCCAUCCCGCGCGAAGGCCAGGGGGCGGAAAUCCACUUCCUCCAAUGGACCUUCCCCAGCCCCACCACCGCCACCGUCCUCUUCACGCAUCUCGCGGAAUUCAAACUACGCGGCGAGUUCGCGCAACCGCAUACAACCGUCACACACCACUUGGACCUGGCGGAGCGCAAUGGUGUGGUCCUGAUGGAGGGCCGUGUGAUGGAGAAUCGCGGCGUGAGCGUCGAGGAGGGCAAGUGGCUGUUGAUGUGUUUGCAAAAGUUCUAUGGUUUCGAACCGCACUCGGCGACGGCGCGGGAAAACGCGGGUAAGCGGAAGCGGUUGAUGGAGCAGUUUAGCGGCGGAGAUGAGACUUUCAAGGUGGAGGAGUUGCUGGAGGAGGCGGAGAAGGUGCCUUGA